AUGUACGGCAGCCUCCGUCUCAACACCUCCACCUCGACACACAAUGUCAACGUCUGGUCCUCAUCGUCGCCGUCGCAUCGCCCACACCACAUUGACUUUAGGCCGACAAUGAGCACCUUGAAGCGCGUGAACCGCCGUCCGGGGCCGUCGGCAGCCGCGUACUACAACACUCCGCCAGCGGCGUCGCCGUCGCCGGUCCUCUACCCGCCCUCGGGUGGGCCCAGCUCUGGACGCGGCACGCCAGCGUCCAGCUUGUUGCGACCCACAGUCGGUCCUGGGUCCGGUCGCUCGUCCCCACCUCUCCGCCCGGACUCGUCCGCAAGUCAACGGAGCCAGUACUCCGAGUCGCCCUUUGGCGGAGGCAUGAGCUCGAACCAGGCGUUCCCGCGGUCAGGCCACGACCUCGAGACACACAACGACGACCUCCUCUCGGGCCUGAUGGGCAAGGUCGACGUGCUCAAGAGCCUUACCAUCGGUAUUGGAGACGAGGUGCGCGCCGGAAAUGCCGAGCUCGCAGGCAUGACCGACGACUUUGGAAGCACGUCCAACGUCCUGAGCGGCACGUGGAAGCGCAUGACCCGCAUGGCCAAGCGGCAAAGCACGGGCUGGUGCUACUUCAUGGGCUUUAUGCUGCUCGUGCUGUGGAUCUUCAUCAUUGUCUGGUGGCUCCGGAGGUAG